CUUGCAGGUGCGUGCAUCUAAGCGGCUCAUUCGCGCCUUGGCUUUGGAGCGAGUCGCACAUACACACACACACACACACACCCUGAGAGGCAGCGGUAGUUUCAACUAGCCGUUCCGCGGAGCUCCGAGUUUUCCCAGGGUGGGAUCUGAUCCGAAACAGCCGCCAAAAUGUGUGACAUGGGGGCACUCGAUAACCUGGUGGCCAAUACGGCCUACCUGAAAGCCCAAGGCGGGGACGACAAGGAAAUGAAGAAACGGCGCCGGAGCUUGUCCCUGCCCAAAGCCGAGCAGUGCACGUCCGUCAGGGCGAGCGUGGAGAAGGACUUUGAGUCCAUUUGUGAACAGCAGCCCAUCGGACAGAAGCUUUUCAGGCAGUACCUGAGCAAAGCUUUACCCGAAUACAUGGCUGCUGCGCAGUUCCUGGAUGAACUGAAUGACUGGAACCUGUCCGAAGGUGCCGCCAAGGACAAGGCCCGGACCAACAUCAUCAACAAGUUCUGCAAAGAAGGAUCCAAGAGUUUCCUGUCCUACCUGACUGGAGACGCGCUGGCUAAGUGCAAGGCUGUCUCGGACAAGGACUUUGAAGAAGUGAUGAUGGGCAAAGUGAAAGAUGCAACACGGGAGUUCCUCAAAGGCAAGCCCUUCACGGAUUACCAGAGCAGCCCUUUCUUCGACAAGUUUCUGCAGUGGAAGGAGUACGAGAAGCAGCCCAUCACUGAGAAAUACUUCUAUGAGUUCAGGACGCUUGGAAAGGGUGGAUUUGGAGAGGUAUGUGCUGUGCAAGUCAAGAACACUGGCCAGAUGUACGCCUGCAAGAAGCUGUGCAAGAAGCGUCUGAAGAAAAAGCAUGGUGAAAAAAUGGCUCUGCUGGAGAAGAAGAUCUUGGAAAAAGUCAAUAGCCUUUUCAUAGUAAGCCUGGCCUACGCUUUCGACACCAAGACCCACCUGUGUUUGGUCAUGACCUUGAUGAAUGGCGGUGAUCUUAAGUACCACAUUUACCACAUGGGGGAGAAGGGAAUCGAGAUGAACCGGAUCAUUUACUACACCGCCCAGAUCGUUACUGGCAUCCAGCAUCUGCAUGCCAUGAACAUCGUGUACCGUGACAUGAAGCCCGAGAACGUUCUCCUGGACAGCCAGGGCCAGUGCCGUCUCUCUGACCUUGGUCUGGCUAUUGAGAUUCCAAAUGGAAAAACGUCCACCCAGAAGGCCGGUACAGGAGCUUACAUGGCUCCUGAGAUCCUGACUGAAAUCCCAUACCGGACGUCAGUCGACUGGUGGGCUCUGGGGGUCAGUAUCUUUGAGAUGGUGGCCGGCUACACCCCCUUCAAAGGUCCAGAUAGCAAGAAGGAGAAGGUGGAGAAGGAGGAGGUUCAGAGGCGCAUCAUCAACGAGGAGCCCAAGUUCGAGCACAAGAACUUCGACGCUGCCACCAAAGACAUCAUCCAGCAGUUCCUCAAGAAGAAGAUAGAUGAACGCCUUGGCUGCAAGGGUGACGACCCGAGGAAGCACGAGUGGUUCAAGUCCAUCAACUUCCCUCGUCUGGAGGCCGGCCUCAUCACUCCACCCUGGCAGCCAAAGCCCAACGUCGUCUACGCUAAGGACACUGGCGACAUCGCCGAGUUCUCCGACAUCAGGGGGAUCGAGUUCGAUGCGAAGGACGAGAAGUUCUUCAAAGAGUUCGGCACAGGAGCCGUGCCCAUCCCCUGGCAGGAAGAGAUGAUUAACACGGGACUCUUCGACGAGCUCAACGACCCAAACCGGAAAGAGUCCUCGGCCGGCCUGGACGGCGACCAGAAGUCAGGAACCUGCACGUUGCUGUAAUGGAGCUCCCUAGUCAUACAGUACACGCUAUAUCCAUGCUAACAAAGACCAAAGUCAAACCACACGUUCCUCUGAAGACGAGAGGAACGCAAGCAGAAAGAGAAUGGCACGUCAGUCCGCUGUAGGGAUAGUGAAUGUUUCGGUGUUCGUCUUCAGACGCCGGACACAUUCCUUCGCGCUGAGCUGGACUGGGCUUUGGAUCGAGUGGGGAAGUUUGCGUUUACCUCCUUUCCUGGUUGUUUUUGUGAAGUAGGUAGUAAAACCUCCUCCCCAGCAGGGGGCACAAGUGAAACUACCAAUUGAGAAGACUUUAGAGGACUAGCUUUAUGAUUUAUCUCCUUAAUGGACUGUGUGGGUGAGAAAAGUGUAACAUUAGAGCUUGUUUGUGCUUGCUGGGGCGCAACGUCGACAGAAGGCUCAAAUGGUUGGAAACGUGUCGGUUGGCGGCAUCGUUUCCAAGCAUUUCUCGCCUUGCCAAAAUCACCGUUUACUUGCGUAUCAGUUCAGAAACGGCAACCGACCGCACUAAACAUUUACAUAGCCCUAUUAGAGUGGAUGAAACUUAGUUAAAUAGUUAUAUUUUUGCAACAAAAAAAAGAAGUGCAUUUGAACGAUGUUUCAAUGCCUCGUGAUGAGUUCUGACCUCAUUAAUCAGUGGGGUUUGGACGACGAGUCCACUCUGAUUAUGCACCUAGUUUUUCAAAUGAAAUGUAUCUGUAUAAAUAUGUAUAUAUAACGGAGAUGUUAAUCUAUUGAGGUUCGUGUACAGAGUUUAGGUUUUUAACAUAGAUAAGGGACAGAAGAUUCUGUUCCGUGAUUCCCGAGUUAGGAUGGUCCAGCACUUGCUGCCCUGCCCAUGUCAAAGGAGAAUAGACUUUGACCAGUUUUUCAAAUUUUCUGCAGUGUGUGAGCUGUAAUCAGAGAGAGUCAGAGCGGUUUGGUGUGAAGCGGUUCAGAC